AUGACCUCCCUAAAGCCAGCAGCAGUAGCAGCCGACUACCGGCACGCGUAUACCGCAACACGCAAGUCGCUCUCAAUGGAGGCCAGCACGCGCGCCGAAGCGGCCGCGAUUUACGCCGCGAGGGCUGAGAGGGACAAGAGGGACAAGUACGACGUCGAGCCUUGGCCGCCCAAACCAGAGGGGUGGUGGGUGCGCCGCGAGCGCCAGAGACGCAAGAGCCAGGCGGCGGCGGAGCGCGGGAUGGAUCGCGCGCACGACGACGCGCGGGCCAGCCGCGACGACGAGGCCCGCAGUGACGCCGCGCACGCCCUCGGCCUACUCUACCUCGUCGAGCGUGUCCACCGCUAG